AGACAUUAAACCCCCAACCCAUUUUUGAUGUCCUAAAAGCGUCUACCCUGCCCAUUAUUUCGUUGAAUUCGAAAAAUCGUUCGCAUGCAAGCCAAAGAAAUCUUUCACAUAACUCCAAACAUCGCUUUUUGUGCUUUCCUAAUUUCAACGUCGCAAGACACUAAACUUUCUCGAAUCGUCUUUUAGGGAGAAGCUGAAAAAUCCCGCGGAAGAGCGGGUCAGAAUCUUCCCAAAAUGUCCGUUGCGCGCCCCGAGGUGGGCUGCUCUCCGAGCAGCUCAUCCUCUGCGCAUCGGAAAGCUUUCGGCCGCAGAAGACCUGGCGAGGACCGGUUUCGGACCACACGAAAGCGCAGAGCCCGCACGUUCACGCCGGAGGUAGAGGACGAAGAUGCAGGAGGAUGGGUGGAGGAAGCCAGUCCUCCUGACUACCUGGUGUCUUCCGAUGCAGAGUGCACCACCGGCGCAGUGUCCAACCAUCCGUCGCGGACGAAUUACGAAAUUGCAACCUCGACCAGAGUGACCAGGUCAACGGGUGUAUUUUCGAGCAGUGAUGAUUACGCAAGCAGUUUGACACCGUCAGCGUUACCCUCAACGUCACUGUCCCGACGAAGAGGACUUAUUUUUCAUCAACACCAUAAUUACAGCCGGAAUUCGCACUCUCUGACCCGUCGGCGUAGGAAACGACAACGCGUAAACUCUAGCGCGAGUCGUUCCGCGCGCCGGUUGGACUUCUCCCGACGUCACGCUGCGGAAGGGGUAAUAUCGAGCAGUACUAUUUUUUCACUCAACUCCUCCACUUCAGCCGGCACGCCCACAGAUCCCAGUUCUUUCACUCGGAGUCGAAAUCCUAACCAGGCGAAGGUGAAGACAAAAAUAACCUGGUGUAGCCGCUGCUCCUCGAGGAAGCGCACACCUUUUCGCAGGUCGCGCCGGUGGAGGAUUCAUGUAGAAGAUGACUCGCCGGUCCGCACGGAUCCGUCCGAUCGCAGCUUGCUGGAGCCCGCUGGGGAAAAGUUUUGUUACAGAUCAGA